UCGAGCCGUCUCUCUCCCCCUCAUUCUCAAGAGCAGUGGUGACCUCUACACGACAAACAACGACGAGCGACUCGUGCCCAGGGCCAUAUCUGCACCACAAGAACGCGCUCGUUGGAUGACCUGGGCUCACAGUGCAGCUUGAUCUCGAGCGCACACACACGACUUGCAAGCCACUGCCCGUGCACGGCCGCCCUUGGACCUGACUUGCAUCUUGCUGGUUCGCCACAGCGUGUUUCGACAUUCAACUAUCAACCCUGAUGCGGAUCGCAUAAGCAAGCAUUGAGCUUCGGGGGGUUCACAAUAUCGAUCGUUCCUGCGUCAAUAAGAACGGGCUGAACACGCUAUCCAGCGGUUCCCACAGUUGAAUUCGAUCAUCCACAGCAGCGUCUGCAACUGCAUUAGUACCCCCAUCAACCAUGAGUUCGCCAGCGCAAGGAGGGACUUCUGUCCCGCAGGAGAGGGAGAAGGAGAAGGAGAAGGAGAAGAAGGGAUUGGGGAAGGUUUUGCUGAGGGUGAAGACCGUUCUGAAGAAGGCUACCGACUCGUCUCGCCGGACCUCCGCCGCCGCCGCAAAGGCCGCCACGACUAGUGCUGCUCCCGCGGCUACUACGAGCCAGCCCGCGCCCGCGCCGGCGGCAGCAGUUCCCGCAGCCGUGGAAGCUACCAAGGUACCCAGAUCUCAAAUCUUCGCGGAGCGGGCGAAGAAGCUGGGCGAGCUAUACGGCUUGGAGCUUUCGCUCAACGAGUGGCACAAGACGGAAGGUGACGCCCUCCGUGUCGAGAAGCCCAUCAGGAUGCGUGUGCACAGGAAGUGCCAUCUGUGCGGCACCUCGUUUGGGGUGCACAAGGAAUGCCCCCAGUGCAAGCAUCUGCGCUGCAAGCAGUGCCCCCGUGUGCCGCCGAAGCGCACCGAGGCCGAGAGGGAGGAGAGCCGCAAGAAGCGGGCUGCCAUCAUCAAGGAACGUGCCGAGAAGGCACCCAUCAUCCCUGACUGGGACCCGACGCCCAAGAAGAUCGUCAUCAAGCGGCCAGCAAAGUCCGGUGGCCAGGAUCUCUACUAUAGGAAGCCCCGGCAGCGCAUUCGGAGAACUUGCUGCGAAUGCGAGAGGCUCUUCGCUGGUACCAAGAUCUGCGAGGGCUGCCAACACGUCCGUUGCACUGAUUGCCCUCGAGACCCCCCCAAGAAGGACAAGUAUCCGUACGGCUAUCCCGGAGACGCUCCGAGCAAGAGGAUUGCCCAUUAUCAAUGCGAUGAUUGCAAACACAUCUUCUCGUCGCCACCCACCGACGAACCGGCUUGCGCCAAAUGCUCCCAUACCAAAUGCCACCGGCUAGCUCCGAGGAAGGUCGAGCCGGAACCCGACCCCGAGGUGCUCAAGAGCAUAGAGGCGAAAAUCGAGGCCUUGAAACUCAAGUGACGGGCCCCCUGUCUUUUAAGGAGCAGUUUGCGGCGAAGAGAGGAAGUGAGUUGAUGAUGGGUUUGCGGUCGAAGCAAGCGGGUUGAUAUUUUCUAUUGGCAUUUCCCCUCCCUCGAUACGUUCAGUCAACAUUCCCCAGCAAGCAUGAGCCUAUUAGCGAUGAAACACAUUUUCUGGUAUCUUCCCUUCUAUACGUCAGAACAUUUUCCCCCAGCAUGAAGCGGCUCGUGUGGACUUCUUUCUUGUCUCUGUUUCUGAACCGGCCUUGCCUCUACGGAUUUGGGAUUUGGGCUACCAACGUCCUGUCACCCCGAAUAAAUUGAUCCAGACGACAGAGCGUUGCUUUCCUGGUUUCGCGGGGUUCUAAUGCCCAUACUCCCGUACAUAUAUAUACACGAAAACAUGCGAACACGACCCGAUCACGACUCGAUUGCAUCGACACAACCGUGCUUUUGGUUCCCACCCCCCACAAAAAAAAAAAAAAAAGGCCCCGCCCUCAACACCAACCCAACUUCCCCCUCUGUUUUCUUCGUUUCCCCGUUCGAUCUCCUGGUGGAAAAAAGUCACGAUGAGGUUGAUGCCUAGUUCGGACGAAGGCGAUUAAGAUAGUACGUUGGGGUAGAUCACAUGCGCACUGAGACACGGAGAUGGGAAGGGAUAUGGAUUAAGGAUGGAGGACCAGAGGUGCUACUGCUAGCAGCCACACAGUUCAACUCGACGGCGCAGUGCAGCUUUUGCGGACAGGUUUUUGGAGGGAUCUGGCAGCCACGGGACACGCCCGGUGGUUGACAAAAGACCAAACCGGGGAGAGGAAGCACAAGAGUAGGGACUUUUUCUUGGGAGAUAUUAUGUUACUUUUCUGUUCUCGUCCUCCUACUAGGUUACAGCCGAGGCUUUUUUUCUUCUUUUUUUUGGAUUCCUCCAUGCAAUCAUGACAUUUCCCUAUGCCGCGCUGAUGCCGUGUUCAUCAGUCUCCAAAUGGCGAUGUUAAAGAGAAUUAUGCUAUUGC